CGCGCGCGUCAGGACACCUGCUCCUCUGUUUGACAGUGUUGCGCUCGCGCUCAACUUUCGAUUUAGAACGUUGGUAACAAUUAUCGUUCUAAAGAAUUACGUUACACAUAUAAUUAAAUAACGAUUAUAAAAGUAUUUUAGAAGCGCUCCACUGCAGCACUAUAAAAGAAUUUCAGGGGUGAUUGUGGGCGGAGCAUUGAAACUGAGGGAAAUCACAUGGGGCAGGAGCAGAAGCAUGGUAAACAGAGUGAGGAGGAGGAUAAAGUUAAACUGGUGGCGUUUACGCAUCAUGGAGAGCGCCUUUGCGCACUGACCCGUUUUGGAGAAAUCACUUAAGUUGAUGUCAUCUGCGGACUUUUCUGGAUUUAAUGUGUUUGCUUUAACUGUGAAGACAUGGAGUGAGGCGGUUUGCGCACCGGUCAGGAAGGAUGCCCGAGAGAAGAUGUGCUCUAGCCGGAAGAUCAUCUGGAGUUUGUUGGUUCUGUCGACGCUGGAGAUAGGGCUCGGGGUGUCCAGCAUCGUCCUGGGCGCGGUGGGCAUCUGCCGGGCGAAAGCGGAGCACAAGACCCAGCAGGGCGACGCUUCUCCGUUUCUUAUCUGUGGACUGUGUGGCAUGCUGUGUGCACGGAAAAGGACGGGACUGAUUAUGAUCUUAUUUUCCUCCUGCUGUAUUUGUGGGUUAAUUGGUGGAAUCCUGAACUUCCAGUUUGUCCGUGCGCUGGUCAAGCGUCCAGACACCAUGCGCUCUCUUCAUUUGGCCGUCAUGUCUCUGGCGUGUCUGGGCAUCAGCAGCUGCACGCUGUCCACGUGGCUGACCUGCAGACUGGCCAGCAGCGAACAGCAGCGCAUGUUUCUGGAGAGAGAACAUUCACUACAUCACUCGCACGAAAUGGCAGAGAAGGAGGUUUUGGAUAACACCAGCAAUGCCAUCUCUCAAAUCUCCUACAACGGACGGAGCGCUUCUCCAUGACGGCUCGCCACCCACACACUCUUGACAGCACAGUUAUUCACUCUGAUUGGCUGAGUCAGGCUGACAGCUCUUCACUCUGAUUGGCUGAGUCGAGCUGACAGUAGAAGCAGAGACGGCAUCCACAGGAGACGCAGCGUCAGAUAACGGUAUUGAGCCGACAGACAGCCAAUCAGUGUCCAGUUACCUGAUGACCUCAGAAGAGGUCAGUGCUGAAGACCUUGACAACCAGCGUACGGAAAACAGAUAUCUGAGACCGAAAAAGCAUGCAAAUUAUCUUCUCUCUCUCUUUCUGUAUCUCUUUCUCUCUUCCUGUAUCUAGAUAAAGGGAAUGUUGAAUCUGAAAUUGUAAUCCUGAUAUUGUAUGGUACUGUAUACUGAAUGCUUUUAUCCUGACCGUAUUAAGUGCACACUGUAAAAUGCCUGUAAAGAUAUUUAUUAAUUUACAAUAUUUUUAUAUAGGGGCUUCAUAUGAAAAUGAAAUAAAGACGUCAAAUGUAA